AUGGAUGUCUCGGAUUCCGUGCCUCCCAGAAGUCCUGUUUUCUUCUUUUUGGUCGAGCAGCGACGAACUGGCAGACUGAGCGUUUGUCUUUUUUCAGACGUUCAGCGAGCGCCCAUUCGCUCCCACCAUGGGGUGGGUUCAGAUGGGUUCAGGAUGGUUCAGGUCUCUUUCGAAGUUUCGUUCUCUUUCGACGGCGAACGGCCCACCCUCCUCGAUCCCAGGCUUCGGUGGACCUGUCGAGCGGAGUUCAAAGGGUGGGCGCCGGCAGGUGGUGUUCUUAGAAGGUCUGAUGGCUAUGGCUCUUCCAUUUUUUACGUGUCGUUGACGGCUCAGCCAGAGUGGCUCAAUGGGCUCCACUGCCCUUGGGGACCUCAAGAAGAUGCAGACUGGCAGAAGACGGUAGAUCGGCGGAUGGGCGAUCGGAUGGGCCCUCUGCGUGCCCAGGUCUUGUUUUACGUUUGGGACAAGUUGUUUUGCACAUAUUUGAGGGAGAUCAAGAGUCAGCCCUAG